CAACGCCAGCCACUGUGCAUCUAAGGGACAGUCAGGUGAUGGCCUGUGAAGUCAACUCGGAUCUAGUGUCCUUCACUCGGUGGGAGAAAGAUCGCCAGCCACUGGAGAUGAGCACCAGGCUGGUCCAACUGCCCAGUGGAGCCUUGGCGAUCAGCAAUGCCUCGGAGGCUGACGCUGGCCUCUACCGUUGUCUGGUGGAAAAUGUGGGUUCAUCCAAGUCCAGCGACGAGGCCCAGCUCCAGAUAGUGCCAGAAACUGGAGAAGAGAGGAAACUGGAGUUCCUGGUGCAGCCUGUGCCUGUGUCAAAAGUGAAGGGCACCAGCGUGCUGCUGCCUUGUGUGGUCACUGGUUACCCUGCGCCACACAUCCACUGGAUGUUUGGAGACAAACUGCUAGACGAAAGUGAGAGUCGUGUGGAGUUUCUGGGAGGAGGCAGUCUCCAGAUCUCUAAUCUCUCAGAGGGCGAUGCUGGCGUCUACACCUGCAUGGCAGAAAACUCUAACGCCACCGUUGAAGCCCAGGCCCAACUCACAAUACAAGUUCCUCCCCAGUUUGUCAAGCGGCCAACCAACAUUUAUGCCCAUGAAUCCAUGGACAUCGUCUUUGAGUGUGAGGUUUCGGGGUCACCAGCUCCCACUGUCAAAUGGGUCAAGAAUGGAGAUGCAGUCAUCCCCAGUGACUACUUCAAAAUAAUUAAAGAGCACAACUUGCAGGUUCUGGGUCUCGUCAAGUCAGAUGAAGGUUUCUACCAGUGCCUUGCAGAAAACGACGCAGGGAACAUCCAGUCCAGUGCCCAGCUCAUCAUCUUGGAUCACGACGUAGCCCUGCCCUCUUUCCCACCCCCCUCACUGACUCCUAACACUACUGACCAUGUAACGCCAGGCUCUGGAGGUGUGGCCAGUCCAGCAGGGCCCACCCCGUCUGCUCCCAGAGAUGUCGUGGCUUCACUGGUUUCCACCCGCUUCAUCAAGCUGACCUGGCGCCCACCAGUUGAACCGCACGGAGACGAGUUAACCUACUCCAUUUUCUACAGCCAGGAGGGCACUAGCAGGGAGCGAGUGGUAAAUACCAGUCGUCCAGGGGAGCUGCAGGUCACCAUCCAGAACCUCAUGCCAGACACCAAAUAUCGCUUCAGGGUUGUGGCCCGCAACAGCAACGGCCAGGGCGAGAGCUCUGCAGCACUCAGAGUGGCCACCCAGGCUGAAGUCCAAGUGCCCGGCCCUGCUCCCAACCUACAAGCGGUGUCAAUCACGCCGUCCUCUGUCUCUCUGUCCUGGGACAAGCCCCUCACUGGCAACGGAGAGAUCCUCACCUACAAGCUGUACUACACAGACAAAACCGUUGGCAGCGAACAGGACAUUGACAUAGACACUCAGUCCUACAUCAUGACUGGACUGAAGAAGAACACAGAGUACAGUUUCCGUGUGGUAGCCAACAACAAGCACGGUCCAGGUGUCUCCACUGAGGACGUUGUCGUUCGCACCCUGUCUGACGUGCCAAGUGCCCCUCCUCAAAACCUCACGCUGGAGGUCCAGAACUCAAAGAGCAUCAUGCUUCGCUGGCAGCCCCCUCCUCUUAACAGCCAGAACGGGGAGAUCACAGGCUACAAGAUUCGGUACCGGAAAGGAUCCCGGAGGAGUGAGGCAGCUGAGACCACCGGAGGCACCCAGCUUAACAAGCUCAUUGAUGGUUUAGAGCGAGGGACAGAGUACUCCUUCCGGGUGUCGGCCAUGACAGUGAACGGCACGGGACCAGCCACCGAGUGGACCACGGCAGAGACGUUUGAGAGUGACCUGGAUGAAUCACGUGUACCAGACCAGCCCAGCUCUCUCCAUGUCCGGCCACUGGUCAACAGUAUUGUGGUGAGCUGGACGCCGCCUGAAAACCAGGACAUCGUGGUGCGUGGUUACACCAUCGGCUAUGGCAUCGGCAGUCCCCAUGCCCAGACCAUCAAAGUGGACUACAAGCAGCGCUACUACACCAUUGAAAACCUUGACCCCAGCUCCCACUACGUCAUCACACUAAAGGCCUUCAAUAACGUGGGUGAGGGGAUUCCUGUGUACGAGAGUGCCAUCACCAGACCACAGUCAGAUCCCAUAGACCCCGAUGUUGACCUGUACGAACUCUUCCAUGCUCCAUACACCCCAGUACCAGACCCCUCCCCCAUGAUGCCUCCUGUGGGUGUUCAGGCCUCCGUGCUGAGCCACGACACCAUCAAGGUCACCUGGGCUGACAACUCGCUGCCCAAGAACCAAAAGAUCACUGAUAACCGCUACUACACAGUGCGCUGGAAGACCAACAUCCCUGCGAACACUAAAGUAAAGAUGGCCAACACCACCAGCCUGAGCCACAUGGUGACAGGUCUGAAGCCUAACACACUAUACGAGUUCUCCGUCAUGGUGACCAAAGGCCGCCGCACCAGUACUUGGAGCAUGACUGCGCAGGGCACCACAUUUGAGUCCAUUCCCACCUCCUCUCCAAAAGAUGUGACUGUGGUGAGCAAAGAGAACAAACCUCGUACCAUCAUUGUCAACUGGCAGCCUCCUUCUGAGGCUAACGGGAAGAUCACUGGCUAUAUUAUUUAUUACAGUACGGAUGUAAACGCUGAGGUCCAUGACUGGGUUAUUGAACCAGUAGUGGGCAACCGUCUGACUCACCAGAUCCAGGAGCUGACACUGGACACCACCUACUACUUCAAGAUCCAGGCCCGAAACUCAAAGGGCAUGGGCCCCAUGUCUGAUGCCGUACAUUUCCGCACUCCAAAGACUGAGUCCUCUGACAAAAUGGCUAAUGACCAAGCCUCAAAUCUUCCAUCGAAGCCGGGGCCUCCAGGCAACAAACACCCACAGGAUCCUGGCACUUCUGUUGGUAAAUCAGGGGUGGGAAGCAGCAGUGAAAAUCACAUCCUGGUCAUUGUCAUUAUCAUCUCGGUGGGAGCCUUCACCAUCAUAGUGGUGGUAGUGGGGGCUUUCCUGUGCACACGGCACACCACGUCCCACCAAAAAAAAAAGCGAGCUGCCUCAAAGUCCUCGAACAGCUCCCACAAAUUCAAGGGAAACUCCAAAGACCUGAAGCCACCCGAUCUUUGGAUUCACCACGAGAGGCUGGAACUCAAACCCAUGGACAAGUCCCCAGAGCCCAACCCAGUCAUGACCGAAACACCCAUCCCACGCACCUCACAGGACAUCACGCCAGCUGACAGCGGCCUGGACAGCAACCCUCACCUGCAGCAAAGGCGCAACUCCUACCGUGGCCACGAGUCAGAGGACAGCAUGUCUACACUAGCAGGCCGACGAGGGAUGAGGCCUAAAAUGAUGAUGCCUUUUGACGCACAGCCCCCUCAGCCUGUGAUUAGCGCUCACCCCAUCCAUUCCCUUGAUAACCAUCACCACUAUUAUCACAUGGGCAGCCUGGCGUCACCAACACGCAGCUAUCUUUAUCACCAGGGCAGCGGGCACCCACGUCCGCACGCCUGCGCCACCCCCAUCUCUCAUCUAGACAAGGUGGACUCUACAGAGUCAGUGAGGAAUACCCCCAUUUCGGAGCCUGUCCCUCCAGCCACUGCUUCCUCCCAGGCUUCCUGUCCCUCGGAGAUCCUGGCCGACCCAGAGGGCAGCUACCACGGUUCCACCACCACAGAGGAGGAGCCUAGCUACUCCAGCAACCUGUCCUCGCACCGCGCAGCCCACCCGCAUGCCCACGCUCACCCAUUAAAGAGCUUUGCUGUACCUGCAAUCCCGGCCACCAGCCAUCAAUCUUACGAGUCGCCUGCCCUUCCUAGCACUCCCCUUCUCACUCAGACUGGGCCUCCCACUCAUCCACAUGUUGUAAAAACAGCCUCUAUUGGAACUCUAGGAAGGACACGAACACCGAUGGUAGUCACCGUACCCAACGCUCCUGAUGUGUCAGAGACCAGCAAGAUGCUGGAAGAUGUAGACAGCGUACUUGCCUCCCUGCCCCCCUGUCCCUCCCCUGCCCCCCGCAGUAACCCUGUUCCUCUCCCUCAGAGCUACGAGCCUGACGAGCUGACUGAGGAGAUGGCCCACCUCGAGGGCCUGAUGAAGGACCUGAACGCCAUCACCACAGCGCCAUGAGCAUGCACACAUACCUACACAUGCAGACACACUCUUUUCUGUCAUGCACACAUAUAUAGAGAAAGUCAAACAAACACACCCAAACAUUAACUUUGGGAGCCAACAGCUAGAGGACACAGUGGUGGCUUCUUGUGUCCCAGAAAACUCUUGCGUUCCCCCUACAGAGAAAAGAAGACUCCAGACUGAAACCUAGGAACUUUUGUUUUCGGCUUACCUUGCUCAGUCUCAGGAAGGAGAUUGCCAUGAGAGGGAAUCGAAGUGAGACGCUUCAUCUUUUUAUGAAGAACCAUUCUCAGAGACUAUGAACUUUUAAACAUUGGUCACAUUCAACCGGAAGAUUGUGAAUUUUUUUCCUCAGCAAAAAUACACACAAGGGUUUUUGUGGUGAGUGCUCACUCAAGAUGACACAACAGUUGAUUCAGUGUCAAGUCAAAAGAAGAAAGCCCAAAAAUAUGCUGGUUUCGAUGUUGGUGCCCACGAGGGCACGGUCUACACAAAGUGUUUGUUUGAUUAGUGUUUCUUUGUGUAUUUUGUAUAUCUAUCGGGCCGUUUCAGUGAAGUGAACAUUAGAUAUCAGCCUCCCUUUACAAACCUACAUUACUCAUAAAUGUGGUCGUAUUUUUGUUUGUACCCUCUUGCGUCAUUUGUUGUUCCAUGACCCUCUUUUUUUUAAUUAUUUUCUAUGUUAUUGUAUUAUUUUUUACACACAUAUCCUUAUAAGCAUGUACAUAUAUUAUGUUUUUUUAAACUGCCUCAUUCUUUUGAUGUUUCCCAUUAUUUUCUUGUUAUUAUUUGGGAUGAAAGUGGGAUUAUAAAUGAGCCCUGAAGCUCAGUUUUCAUAUCAGCAGAGGAGAUAAGCAUUCUUCUUCUCAGGCAUUGUGUUGCCCCCUUUGUACAUUAAAAUGUCUUUGUUUUCAGCUUUUUUUUUUGUUUGUUUGUUGUGGGAGCUCUGUUUUAAAAGCCUUACCAACGUGUUUGUAUGUUGGACGAUCGAGACGACCGGGCCCUCCGCAGAUGUCACUUGGAGUUGUGCUGUCAUAUGCUGCCAUUGCAGUUUCUGUGUCGUUCUGUGGGGUUUGACAGUAUCUCCUCACAGGUCAGGGGUACACAGGACUCAGGACAUUGAACCCCACCCCUCGUUUAAAAAACAAAAAAAGAGAAAUCACAUGGCACCCAAUCACUCAGUCACCUGCAACAGGCAAGUUAUCUUUUAUACGCAAAGUGUGAUUGAAUGUGUGUAAUUUCCAAAAACCAAUAUUUGGUUUCAGACAUCUGUACG